GUUCUCAUCUCUCUCUUUGCUGGAUGCGACAAGCCCUAGAUUUCUUCGGCUUCAUCAACGCCGGGCCUCCGGCAUAGGUAAUCUGUCACGGCGAUCUUAAAACCCUUUUCCUUUAGUGGUUCUGUUCCCUAUACCGAGGCGAAUCCAUCCACUUUCGGGGAACUAAGAGAACAUCCGCACUACGCUCAAAGAGAUAGAGAAAGUUCAUCUACAGUCGCUGGUUAUAACAAUGCUGGUGGCAAAGCAGUACCGCUGCACCCACUCAGCAGCAUGUGGGUGCACUAAAGGCCAUCUAAGUGAGGAUGCAAUAUUCCUAGUCUUUCAGCACCUCAAAUGGAAUCCUAGAUUGAUUGCAACACUGUCUUGUGUUUGCAAAUGGUUUAGCGAGAUAUCCAAACAAGUGCUCUGGAAAGAAUUUUGCCGAGCCCGUGCGCCAAAAAUGAUGCUAGACUUUCAAUCUAGUGGAACUCACAGUGUUGAUGGAAAUUGGAAGGCACUUGCCAAGCUUUUAAUAUAUUGUUCAGGUUGCAACAAAGGUGGACGUUUGAAUAGCUCACCUAUCCCAGGCCACUUUGUCUAUAAAACACGGUUUUCGAGGACAUCAGGCAAAAGCUUUCUCAUUCCUCAGUGCAGAACAGAUGUCCUAUAUGUCUCAGACCCUUGCGAGCAUCUUGAUCAAGGAGAGGAUGGUGAUGUGGGAUUUUUUCGCGGCAUCUUCAAGUCAUUUUCUGUUUCAAAAGUCAGGAAGAUGUUGGUUGACAGGGGUGUCAAACUCCAUAAUACUGAGCUUUGUCCAUUUUGCAAGGCAAAGAUGUGGAGCAUGCUGCAGGCCAAAAUGGUGCCAAAGAGUGCAUACAGCAGGUUGGGUGCUUAUGAGGACUGCAUAGAUUAUUAUGUUUGCCUUAAUGGCCAUAUGCUUGGUAUCUGUGCUUUGUUACCGUUAUCUGAUUCUGAGGAUGCAUCUGAACUUGAGUGAUAUUCAGUAAUUUCACGAGGUUCUGCUUUUUUAGUCGUUUUUUUUUUGGUGUUGCUGCAUCUCGACACUUUCAAGCUAAAUUCAAGAAGAUUAAAUUGGCUGAUCUCAGAACUUUGAGGUCUGAAACUACAUAGGGCCAGGCAUAGAGGAUGUUGUUUUUUGGUAUUUGUUCUAUUGCUCAGAAUUUUGUCUAUUUGCUAAUUCUUGUCUUGAGAAUCAUAUUGACCAUAUUGUAAAUUUUUUUCCGCUUUCUAUAUAAAUGUACAUUUCGUGAUCUAUUUAGGUGUAUUUAGUACAUUUCUUGUCUUGAGAAUCAUCUGUGAUUCUCUUGCUUCUCCAGCAAUUAUGUCAAUUUUUAAUUUGUCAUUGUAA